AUGCGGGUCGGUCAGGAGACCUUUGCUGAUCGUCUCUCAGCAAUAACAAGCAACUUUCCCAUCUCAACGUGGUCGUGGACAAGCGUGUCAACGACAGAACCUUCAUCUAUCUCUAGGAGCAAGCCACCGCCCACGGCAUCACUCCUUGAAACUUGGCGUCAGCUGGCAUUACACGAGGACACCAUGUCCAGCGGCAACGUGGAACUCCUGGGCGACAAUGUGGAAAUCCUCGACUACGAACCCGAGGGCGAGGCUCCCACCGCAGAGCAGUUUCCAGCGGCGGGUGCAGAAGACGAGAGCCCCCCCAUGUCCAUGGUGUUCACCGUCGAUGAUUUGUUGGACAACAUCGCCACAGCAGAUCCGGCGGAAUUGAAGCGGGCCUACAACACCGGACGUGUCUCUCUGGAGGAUAUCGUAGAAGCGGCUCAUCUGUCGUCCGAUUUCCCCCUUUUCGUUCCUCCUUUCUCGCUCCCGCCGGAAGAGAGAUUAAUCCUCUUGCCCCACGACGAGUUUAUGGCGUACCAAAGGUUGAACGAGAUGUGGUGCGACGGUCUUGCCGGGAAGAUAGCAGAGGCGGAGGCGCGAGAGCAGGCGAAGCGCGAGGACGCGGAGCGCUUGGCGGAACGGGAGGCUGCUCUGGCCGCUGCGGCGAGGAAGCAGGAGGAGCGUGAGGCUGUUCGGGCUGCUGCGGCGAAGAAGCAGGAGGAGGAACGUGAGGCUGCUCUGGCUGCUGCGGCGAGGAAGCAGGAGGAGGAGCGUGCGGCUGUUCUGGCGGAGCGUGAGGCGUAUCUCCAAGCGGCUAGGGCGGAGCAGGGGGCGCUCCGAUCGCGGCUGAAGGAGCUGGAGCCCCGCCACCAGGACCCGCGAGCAGCCCCCCACCCCCGUCGCCGUGUUAUCGUCCCCCCCCUCACGCAAUCCCAGGUGCACCUUGGUUCCCAUUGUACCGCCUGCCGCACGAGAAGAAGCGCGAGGUGGCGGCGUCUCCGACGAACGAGCAGGAGCGGAAGAGGACAGCGACUCCGGAGUUUUUCGGUGACUUUGGGUCUUCCGGCUGGUGCUGAAGACGGGGCAUCGUUUGCGGCGCCAACUACGGUGUACGAGUUCCACGUGGGAGAUACAGCGUUCCUGUCCCG